AUAAUGCAUUCUGUUUUUAGCAACGAAAGUUUAGAAGCGUUGGAAAAAGAUGGUGGAAGAGUCCAUAGCGGUCCAAGUCCAGUCUCAAAGAAAACGUAGCGAUGAAUAAAGCGAUCGAUUUUGCUUCAGUUUUCUUACUCUUCACACUCUUUUCUCAUCAAUUUAUUCUUCGUGUUUCUUCAUCCAAUUCACCCAUACUUCCGAACCAGGGAUAUGCAGAUGAAAGAAUUCUCAAACCGGAACAAGAGCAUGUGCAUGAAGUGCAUUGCUCUAGAGAAAGGAGCAGGGCAGCUAGGAAAGUGAUAGAGGAGUAUUUGACACCAUUUUUGGAGCAAGAAAACUAUCAGCUUUCAAGCAAGUGCAGACUUCACCCUGAAAAUGACAUGUUUAGGGAUCAAGAAGAGCAUAAAAUUUGCCUAGGCUUUCAUGACUGGAAGUGCGGAUAUUGUAAGAAAAGCUUCCGAGAUGAGAAGUUUCUUGAUCAGCAUUUUGAUAACAGACACUCCAAUCAUCUCAAUUUAAGUGAUGGUAAGUGCUUGGCUGAUUUAUGUGGGGCAUUGCAUUGCGAUGCUGUGAUGAACACAAAGUUCUCUAGAAGCAAGUGUAAUCCAGCUGCUGCCACAAGGAAUAAACACCUAUGUGAGAGUCUUGCUGAGAGUUGUUUUCCUGUAAGUGAUGGUCCAUCUGCAAGUCGUCUUCAUGAAAUAUUUUUACACCAAUUUUGUGAGGCCCAUACCUGCUCAGGGAAACAGAAACCCUUCUCUAGAGGAGGCAAGGUACAAAAAAGUAUCUUUGUCGUGGUUUCUGGAGCAUUGAUCUUGGUGCUACUUCCUUUGUUCUAUCUUUUCCUUUAUCUGGUACAAAGAGAUAUGAAGAGUAGUACUCAAGAACUUCGCCGCAUCUCAAAAAUGGGACGGAAAUCAAAGCCAUCAUGAUUGGUUUGACACUUAAACAGUUGCAAUCAUAAUAAUGAUUGACAAGCUGGGAAGAUAUACAAGCAAUGAUGUGCUUUGCAUGUUUGUGCUAAAGAAUGAGUUGUGGAGAACAGUGAUGGAAUGGUGAUAAGGAAAUCAAACUUGGCUCGGUUUUAAACACAAUUUGAGGCGAAUUAUUGGUUGCAGGAUAUCAAGCACGAAUGGAAGGAAAAAUAUUUUUUGCGAUCGUCAUACACAUGUUCAUUAAGCCUUUGCCAAGCACAGAUCAAUAUUUUGACAGAAUUGAUUACUGUUUGAAAUUUGCUGUAACUUGUCAUGAUGCCUUGUACCUUAAGUUGAUUAUAAUAAACUAAUAAUUUUGUUAAGGAGAUAUGUAACUUGUAUAAACAAAAUGUUGGUGUUUGAGACUUUGAGUAACCAUCCACCACCCAUCAAAUGCAGAACAAAUAUUGUUGCCACUAUAAAAUAUAGACACAAGUGAUUG